AACAACAAAUAUUGUCCCAAGUCUCAAUCUUGUGCUUCUCGACCAAACUAACAAAGCCACCACCCGACUUUUUAAUAUCCUAACUUGAUUCUUUGUUGUUUUGUUUGUCUUUCAUCUCACCUUUCGCUUGGGGAGGAUCUUAUUACUUUCAUUUCGUGUCCCUCCUCCACCGUCUCUUCCAAUAUUCCCUUUAGAACCCUCGUUAUUUCAUUCUUUUGAAGCCGCCAUCUUCACUUUUCUCUUCCUUGUUUCGUUUAAAAGAGCUUGUUUCCAUCUGUCUUGUGUUUUUUGCUCUUUUUCUUUUUCAAAUUAAUUUAUCCAUUUGUUAAAAAAAGCGAUGGCAAACAAGAUGAAGCAUGGAACCUUGCAUCAAUGCUUGGAGGAGGUGGAGGGAAUUUUGUAGCAGGAAAAUGUACAAUAUCUUCUCAUUUAUGUAGAGGUUCCUGUAACAUUCAAUCAUUCUUUGAACCGACUGCUCAAUUGUGUUCCUAGUUCAUCAUCAUGGUUACCAAGAUGAAAGGGAUCUACAAAGGUUUCAAGUUCAUUUCCCAAAUCUUUGUUGUUAAGGAACGAGAGAUGGAAAUUGGGUAUCCGACAAAUGUUAAACAUGUGGCUCACAUUGGUUGGGAUGGCCCUUCUGGCUCUGCACCUAGUUGGAUGAAUGAAUUCAAGACAGAUCCUGAUUUCACAGCAACAUCCAUUGAUAACACCAGAGAAUCUAUACCUACAUGGUCUUCUCAAGAUUUUGAGCAAUCCAUGGGAUGCCAACCUGAAACAGAGAUGAUGAGGAACCUGUCUUGCACGGAUCUCCCAAAUAUUCCUAAGAAACAAAAGCGAAAAAAGAAGACAACCUGCUCUCCCAGGUGAUACAUUUAUGUAACAAGAUUUGACUUUCGGUUUCCACUCAUCGAGGAUCGAUAUAGAAAAAGUGCUGGAGUUUGAACCAAAAGCUAGUGUAAAUUAGAAAAUCAUAUUUAAUCUACAAAUGGGUGGAAGAAACGAUCCAAUUCUAAGGAAGCGACUGAUCUAAUGGCAGAAGAAAGUUUCUGGUUUACAAUGAGUAACGGUGCUACUAGACGUGUUGUACCAAGUUAUGUCGGUGGAAAGUUUUGGUAAUUCAGAUUAUUGAAUUCGACAAGUUUGUAUAGGAAUCUUAUUCUUUUUCAUGUUAUGGGUGAAAGGACAAUUUAUUAUUGACUACAAAUACAGGUUUAUUUGGAAGUAGUUACCUUUGGACAAUAGAAUUUUCUUCUUGGU